GGCGAGUUUCGCAAGGGAGCGAGAGGAAGAAAACAAAACAAAAGAAACAGUGAGAGAGUUGGCCCACUUCCGGGACAAGCCACUUACACACCGGUACCAUCUAAUUUUCCACGAUAACAACAAGUCGGGUCGAGAUAACCAUGGGUGCUAUUCGCCGUUCAAAGACGAAGCGUAGAACUCGUGAUAUGGACCAAGUUCAUUCCGACCUCCGCGAUCCGAAACAGCUUGCUCAACUUAAGGCUUUGGUCCCGGAUGAGGAUAAACCAGGCCUUGGGCAAUUCCAUUGCGUUGAAUGUGCAAAGUACUUUGAGAGUGAAUGGAAUAUGGUGCAGCACCGUCGUGGCAAGAACCAUAAACGGAGGGUACGUUUAUUGAAGGAGGAACCUUAUUCUCAGAAGGAGGCCGAUGCUGCGGCGGGCAUUGGAACCGCAGCCUUUUACCAAGCUUCGGAGGAUAGGAGGGAGCAGGAGAAGAUGGACCAGCAGUUCGGUUCGAUGGAGCCCGAAUGAUCAUACCGGUACCUUUCUAUAAUAAUAUUAUAUGGUGGAGAGUUGGAGGGCUAGGGAAGGAGCCAUCUAUGCUCCUACCUUUCAUUUUGUGACUGGGAACUUUCUUGCUGCGAGUUCUGUAUUUCAGACUUGGGCGUUCAACUUUUUCAGCAUAAACUGACGUUGGUGGAGAUAUCUCCUAUAAUAUUAACUUAUAUUAUCCUAGUUCAUUAAUCAAUCGCCGGACAAAUAUCACCUUAA